AUGGGGGGAUAUAGUUCCUAUUCGUCACCAUACUCCACAUUUGGAGGCGGAUAUGGCUCCAUGUAUGGCGGAGGUUAUGGCGCGGGCAUGUACGGCCGGAUGGGCAUGGGCAUGGGCGGCAUGUACGGUGGAAUGGGCAUGGAUCCAAACCAUCCGCAGAGCCUCACGCAGUCGUUCAGCCAGAGCACACAGGCAACGUUUCAGCUGAUUGAGAGCAUAGUGGGUGCCUUUGGAGGCUUUGCGCAAAUGCUGGAAAGUACCUACAUGGCUACACACUCCUCAUUCUUUGCAAUGGUAUCAGUUGCAGAGCAAUUUGGCAACCUACGGCAAACCCUGGGUUCCGUCCUUGGUAUCUUCACAUUGAUGCGCUGGAUACGGACAGCCAUCGCAAAACUCACAGGGCGGCCACUUCCAGCCUCCUCGAAAGAGCUCACGCCAGCCAACUUCGCCGCCUUUACCGGACGCCAUCCGGACGGGAGUCCCGUAGGCCCCAAGCCGUCGAAGAAGCCCUUCAUUAUGUUCAUGGUAGCCGUGUUCGGUCUACCUUAUCUCAUGGGCAAGCUCAUCAAGGCUCUUGCCCGCUCACAGGAGGAGGAAGCGAAGCGGAGGAUGUUGGAGAAUCCGCAGACUGGCGAACCGCUUGACCCGAACAAGCUGGAGUUCUGCCGCGUGCUCUACGACUUUACGCCCGAUACCAACAUGAACUCGGUGCAGGGACUCGACCUUGCAGUAAAGAAAGGCGACAUGGUAGCAGUACUCAGCAAAUCAGAUCCCCUUGGCAACCCCUCCGAGUGGUGGCGAUGCCGCGCCCGGGACGGCAAAAUGGGCUAUCUUCCAGGCGUUUACCUAGAAGUGAUCCAAAGGCGACAGCCAGCACAGAUUACCAGCGGAAGUCAAGCGGGCAGUCCACCGGCGAGCAGGACGGCCACUCUGACUGAUAGCAAGGUUCAGGCGCUACCACCUAAAGUUGAGGGAAAGAUUGGUGACAUUGGUGUUGAGAGCUUCCAGAAGGGCGCAUACUAUUCCUGA